AUGUCGAUGCUCCUGGAGCCCGGGAUGCAGAGUCUCCGGAUGGGUGCCAAUGGUGAGCGGUGCCCCACGCCGUCCCCUCCUGGCUCUCCAGGGACACCCCACGACAGCUGCAGCAUCGCCCCGCUGACGCCCUCCCAGUCGCCGAGGAGCGAGGCUCGAUCCCAGCAAACCGCCUCCUUCGCCGUGGUGGUGGCCAUCGACUUCGGCACCACCUCCAGCGGCUACGCCUUCAGCUUCUCCAGCGACCCUGAGGCCAUCCACAUGAUGAGGAAAUGGGAAGGAGGGGACCCGGGGGUGGCCAACCAGAAGACCCCCACCAGCCUCCUGCUGACUCCGGAGGGCAUCUUCCACAGCUUCGGCUACACCGCCAGGGACUACUACCACGACCUGGACCCCGAGGAAGCCCGCGACUGGCUCUACUUCGAGAAGUUUAAGAUGAAGAUUCACAGCACCAGCGACCUCACCAUGCAAACUGAACUAGAAGCUGUCAACGGGAAGAAAAUGCAAGCGCUGGAGGUGUUCGCCCACGCACUCCGCUUCUUCAAGCAGCACGCCGUGCAGGAGCUGAAGGACCAGUGCCCUUCCCUGCCUGAGAGAGAUGCCAUCCGCUGGGUGAUCACCGUGCCCGCCAUCUGGAAGCAGCCGGCCAAGCAGUUCAUGCGAGAGGCUGCCUACAAGGCUGGGCUGGUGUCCCCGGAGAACCCGGAGCAGCUGCUGAUCGCGCUGGAGCCCGAAGCCGCCUCCAUUUAUUGCAGGAAGCUUCGCCUCCACCAGCUGAUCGACCUGAGCUGCAAACCCCCGGCCAACGGGCUGGCACCGGACCACUCCAUCGACUCCAGCUUUCGGCAGGCCCGAGAGCAGCUCCGGCGGUCCCGGGGUCCCUACGGAGCCGUGGGGGUGGACCUGGCCUUCGAGAAGCUGCUGUGCCACAUUUUCGGGGAGGAUUUCAUCGCCACCUUCAAGGCCAAGCGCCCCGCCGCCUGGGUGGACCUCACCAUCGCCUUUGAAGCCCGCAAACGGGCAGCAGCCCCCUCCCGUGCCAGUCCCCUCAACAUCUCCCUGCCCUUCUCCUUCAUCGACUUCUACCGCAAGCACCGGGGCCAGAACGUGGAGACAGCCCUCAAGAAGAGCAAUGUCAACUUUGUGAAGUGGUCAUCCCAAGGGAUGCUGCGGAUGUCCUCGGAGGCCAUGAACGAGCUCUUCCAGCCCACCAUCAGCCAGAUCAUCAAACACAUCGAUGACCUCCUGAAGAAGCCGGAGGUCCAAGGCAUCAAGUUCCUCUUCCUGGUGGGGGGCUUCGCGGAGUCGGCCAUGCUGCAGCGCGCCGUCCAGGCAGCCUUUGGCUCCACCUGCCGCGUCAUCAUCCCCCAAGAUGUGGGGCUGACCAUCCUCAAAGGGGCCGUGCUCUUUGGCCUCGACCCCACCAUCGUCCGUGUCCGCCGCUCCCCCCUGACCUACGGCGUGGGGGUGCUCAACAAGUUUGUGGAGGGGAAGCACCCGCGGGAGAAGCUGCUGGUGAAGGAGGGCAAGAACUGGUGCACUGACAUCUUCGAGAAGUUCGUCUCUGUGGACCAGUCCGUGGCACUGGGGGAGGUGGUCCAGCGCAGCUACUGCCCUGCCCGACCGGGCCAGCGCAAGACCAUCAUCAACAUCUACUGCUGCGCCACCGACGAUGUGGUCUACAUCACCGACCCUGGCGUGCGCAAGUGCGGCACCAUCAGCCUGGAGCUGGAGGCAUUGGGCGAUGCCGGUAGCCCGGCACGUGGCCGCCGCGAGAUCCGUGCCAGCAUGCAGUUCGGGGACACAGAGAUCAAGGUCACCGCCAUGGACAUCCGCACCUCCAAGACGGUCCGAGCCACCAUCGAUUUCCUCUCCAACUGA